CCCAGAUCUCCGCGACUCCUGGCUCUCCUGCAGAGAGACGAUGGAUUGGUUUCCAGAAUUUACAUUCUUCACUGAGCAAGAAAUGAAAGAGCUGAAGACUGCUUAUGAGCAGGGUGGGCUGAGCAAGUGUGCGACACGGAUCAUGACAAAAUUGAACGAUAUGAAAAAUGCAGAGCUUAACAUCGCUGUGACCGGAGAUCCGGGUGCAGGGAAAUCCACCUUCAUCAACGCCAUGAUGGGGCUGCGGGCCAGCGAUGACGGUGCAGCUAAAACCGGAGUCAAUGAAACCACAAUGGAGCGAACUCCAUACAAACAUCCCACCUUCCCUAAUGUUUGCUUCUGGGACCUGCCGGGGGUUGGAACAACACAGUUUCCAAUGAAGGAUUACGCGAGCAAAAUGGAAUUUACUAGAUACGAUUUUUUCAUAAUAAUCUCAAAUGAUCGAUUCACUGAAAACGAUGCAAAUGUCGCCAAGGAGAUUCAAAACUUGGGGAAGAAGUUCUACUUCGUACGAAGUCAAAUUGACAAUGACAUCGAAUCUUUGAAAAAGCAGGGUAUAGUUUUUGACAGAAAGGAGAAACUUGCUGAGAUAAAACAAAACAUAAGUUGCGGUUUGACCAAAGCGGGGAUUUCAGACCCCAAUAUUUUCCUGAUAUCAAGCCUUUCCUUAAAUGAGUUUGAUUUUCCUCAGUUAAAGGAAACGCUUGUAAAUAAUCUCGAUAGAAUGAAAAAAGAUGUUUUAUUGAUGUCACUUCCAAGCACAACGGUGAAGAUUGUGGAGCAGAAACGAGACCAGUUGAUGAAACGUAUCUGGAUGGUGGCGAUAGUCUCAGGAGCCGUGGGAGCGGUGGCUGUUCCCGGGUUGACUUUCGUCGUUAAUCCCGGGAUAAUAGCCACUGUAAUACUAGAUUUCCGCAAAAGUCUCAGCCUGGAUGAUGCCUCCAUUGAAAGCCUCGCCAAUAUAGCAAAUAAAUCAGUGGAAUUUCUGAAAGCAGAAGUGAAAACCCCUCUGAUGGGUGAAGUGAAUAACGCGCUUGUGCACCAAAUGUUUGGGCGUUCCAGUUUUUUUGUGGAAGUGGUCCAAAGCAUGCUACCAGUCAUAGGCUCCAUCUUCGGGGCAGUAUCGUCAUAUAGAAUGACUUCCAAGCUGCUGACUGACGCACUGAAUGAACUUGUGGACAAUGCCCAGAGAGUGGUGAAAGUUGCAUUUGCCACUGACCCUGGUCAUCCACAAUAAAGAAUCCGCUACUGAGUUGCUGCAAGUCAUCGCGGAUACGGGAAUGGAAAAUAAAUAUCAUCUUUCACAUCUUCAUUAAAUUCCAAAUUAUUUCACAGCUGAUGAAUUAUUUUAAAAGCUGUUGUCACUGCUGUAAUCUUCACAACCAAUUCACUACAAACACCUUAACCGCAUCAACCCGCCGGAGAACAGAAGAUAACUCUCCCGGGGAGACUCAGUGUGACGUUGCCACCGCGUUCAACAAGCUCUCACCAAUGAAACCAUAUCAACAUCUAGUCAAACCUCCAAGGGGCUCGACUGUUUCACAAAGACGACAUCUUUUUCCAGUCUCCAACGAAUACAAAUCUAACUUCUUCAGUCUUACAUGAGAAGAUGAUCUUCUGAUCCCAGUGGGCUGAGUGUGUUGUCAUGUUCUGUACACUUGGCCAACUAAAACUAUGCACAACAUUCUAGAUAUUCUAGUUACAAUUAUGGCAACAUUUCCCUAUUUCUAAACUCCAACCCCAUUGCAAUAAAAGCCAACAUGUCGUUAGCAUUCUUAACCUCUUGUUUCACCGACCCACUAGUCACUUGUACCUCAUGGAUACAAACAUCUUCAUAUUUAUGUGUCUCCUUUAUCUACAGACUUUCUCCAUUUAGAUCACACCCGGCUUUAGAUUCCUCCUAUCCAAAUGUAUGGCCUCACAAUUUCCUGCGUUAAACUCCAUUUUCUAAUUUACUAAAUUUAUUCGAGGAAUUUGGUUCUUUUUCUGGAUAUAGAAUAAACUGGAACAAAAGUGAAAUUAUGUCACUAAAGCCGCAGAAAGCGAAUCAUCUAUUAAAAUUUCCAUUUAAAAUUGCAACGGAAAAAUUCAAGUAUCUGGGUAUUCAAGUUACUAGAAGACAUAAAUCAUUAUUGAACGCUAAUUUUACACCAUUAUUAAAUAUAUUGAAUGCUCUGAUUAAAUUUUGGAAAACGCUCCCAUUAUCAUUGAUUGGCAGAAUAAACGCUAUAAAAAUGAUAGUUCUACCACAAAUAAUAUAUUUAUUUCAAUCCAUACCAAUAUAUAUACCAAAACAUUUAUUUUUAAAUUAGACUCUAAUAUUACCAAUUUUAUCUGAGACUGUAAAGCACAUAGAAUUAAAAGAAACCGCAUAUGCAAACCCAAAGACGUAGGGGGACUUGCACUGCCUAAUUUUUUAUAUUAUUAUUGGGCAGUGCAUAUUAAGAAUGUAAUUUAUUGGUUGGAUAGUCCUUCUCAACAGAUGGAAUGGAUAAGAAUGGAGAAAGAGGAUUGUUCUCCGUACGAUUUAGGAGCGAUCCUCUUCUCCCUGAUAAAAUUGAACAAUACAUUAUAUAAGAAGAAUCCAAUUAUACAUAAUUUAAUACGAAUUUGGAAACUAAUAAAAUUAACUUUAAAAUUACAAAACUUAUCAGCACUAACACCAAUAGUGAAUAACCCGGUAUUUAAAACAUCUCUUAUGGAUAAAACAUAUAGACAAUGGGAAAGAUUGGGAAUUUAAAAGGUAGGUGACUUGUAUGAAAUGGGAAAUUUAUUAUCAUUUCAACAAUUAAAAUCAAAAUUUAAACUGAAUAACAACCAAUACUUUAAAUAUUUACAGAUAUGUGACUUUAUGAAGAAAUAUAUACCAAGAUUUCAGAACAUAAUGAUAGACCCACUGGAAGAAGCAAUGAAUAUUACGGUGGACUCACAAAACUUAAUAUCAUAUCUAUAUAAUAGUAUUCUAAACGGAGUAUGCCAUCAACAGAGGCAAUUAGAGAAGACUGGGUAAAAGAAUUAAUGAUAAAAAUUUCCAAAGAAACAUGGGAAAAGUAUUUGAUAUAUAUACAUAGAUGUUCGAUUAAUGCUAGACACAAUUUAAGUCAAUUUUAAAUAUUACACAAAUUAUAUUAUUCAAAAACUAGGUUGAAUAAAUUCUAUCCAAAUAUUUCUCCCAUCUGUGAUAAAUGUCUUUCUCAAAAUGCCAAUAUCACACACUCUUUUGUUUCUUGCACAAAACCUCAUACAUUUUGGUGUGAUAUAUUCACUAGUCUAUUUAAGAUAAAAAUUGAACCUAAUACUGAAAUGAUUAUAUUCGGAGUAAUGGGAGACGGGAACAAAUUAAAUAUACCCCAAAAUUCAUUUUUUAAUUAUGGUUUAAUAACAGCAAAAAAACAUACUUAAAUUUUGGAAAAAUGCUACUAUACCAACAUUUAAAAUGUGGAUCAGAAAUAUGUUGGACACAGCCCACCUGGAAUAAAUGAGACUCCUCCUAAUAGACAAACAAGACAAUUCUUAACGAGUUGGUCUCCAUUUAUUGAUUUUUUGGAUUCGUGUAGUGCAACAAUAUCGUAAAAAUUAAACGUUUCAGGUAUGGGUGAAAGAUGAUCAAGAAUAUAAAAAAAUCAUCCCCUUGUGGCGAGUGGAUAAUCUCCCUCCUGCUUCACUUUCCUACUUUUCUUUUCUUUACUAGCUCUUUUUCUCUCUUUUUUUUCAAACACACUAGACUUCCCUCUAUUCUUUACUGUCUCUUUCUUUCUUAUCUCUCUCUUAAUAAAAAAAAGGAAGUUGUACAGAGAAUGUAUUAUGUUAACAUAAUUUUGGGAACCUGUAAAAAGGUACCACUGUAUUGUACUUCUAAUAAAUAAAAUUUAAAAAAAACUCAAUUUUCGAAAUGCUUUGCUCACUCACUCAACCUAUCUACAUCAUUUUGUGGAGUCUAAAUAUCUCCAUCACCCCCUGCCACCCCAGGUAUCUCUCACAUCCUUGACCAACCUGGAUACCUUGUACACUGCUUUCUCCUCCAGACCAUUCAUGAAAAUAGAAAGUUACAUUCAGCUUCUUCAGCUGCGUGGGUUUUCUCCGGAGCUCCGGGAUCCUCCACACUCCAAAUGUGUGGUCAUUUGGAGAUUAAUUGGCUUCGGUAAGGAUUGUAACAUUGUCCCCAGUGUGUGUAGGAUAGUGAUCGUGUAGGGGUGAUCGAUGGGCUGUGCGGAAUCAGUGGGCCGAAGGGCCUGUUUCAACGCGCUCUCUAAACUAAACUAAACCAAACUAAACUAAACUAAACUAAACUAAACUAACCUCUCCUGGGUGAAUAUUUAUUUCAUGAUUCUAGAUUCCAACAUCUUGCCAAAGACAGAUGUUGUGUCAGGUGACCUGUGUUUUGUCCUCCUGUAGUAAAUGUGCGAGUGACAUUUACAGGUGUCCGAUCCAAUAUUAGUCACCAAUAUUAAUGACUUGCCCCAACCCCCCGUCUCCUGCACAGAGAACUAUAACAUUUAGUCACCUGACAUAGACACAACAUGCUGGAGUAACUCAGCGGGACAGGCGGCACCUCUGGAGAGAAGGAAUGGCUGGCGUUUGGGGGUGAGAGACAUAUUUAGACUAGACACCUGACGUUUAACUCCUGAAGCAGCCACUCUACACUGAGCCGUAUCACCACGGACGAGCUCCACAGAGACAGAACAAACAAUGUAUAAUGUUCUCAAACCCUCCUUGAUUAAAACUUUAAACCUGUCACUGAUUCUAUGGAAUUCCUGGCCUGUGACUGAUGAAAGUGGCGAUAAUUCGGGAUGCUACUGACAACCUGGAGGCCAAGUGAAAUACAGGAGUGGCCACGUCACAAACUAGCCACCUGCCCAGCCCAUCAAGCGCCACCUGAGGUCCAGUCCGCGGGACCCACAUCCAUCUCAUCAGCCACCGUGUAAACACCAGAACAUGAGUGGGAGCAAGUUCUUCUCCAUCUCCAAUGAAGUCUGCGCGUUAACCUCAGAUUACCGAGCCUGUUCUACACACAUUCUACAGGUUACUGGCAGUCCAGUUCACCUACAGAUUCCUCCCAAAUUAUAACAGCCGGGAGCAGUUCCCUCAGUAAAAAUACAGUGAACGAUGGAUGUUUUUUUAAUCUGUUCAGUGACAGAAUUUACAUGAAAUAUUUAUUAUAACCCCACGGUGCCAGAGAUUCGGUCACAGUCUGAGUUUUUCAUCCGAUGAACAUCUAAUUAUGGAUUGUAAAUCUUUCACCGUUUCACAAACAGCAUGGCCCCUUUCAAUGUUAUUUUGCCAGAUUAAUCUCUUUAAUAUCUCUGAAACUUCCUCCAAUUUUCUCCACAAACGUUAUUUCCCACUUGUGUCCGGAGCUGGAGAACAAUACAAAAUAACAGGCAAAAAUCCACUCAGCGCCGCCAGACCCCGUGAAAGAGGAGCAGAGAGAAUUUCCCCUCCACAGACGCUACAUCACCUGAUGAGCUUUUGCAACAACCCCUGUUAUUAACUGCAGGUGACUUUAUUGAACACAGUCCGGUCAGUUUACACUUACUGACAGAGAAGCUAUGGACCAAAGACGGAGGGUCGUUAAAGGAGUUAACUAAUGAAACCAUUCAGCUUUGUACAGUCGGGCGGGUUUGUACAGUCGAGUCGCUGACUGGACCUCAACGGCCACGGCGGAGUCUCCGGAGCGAGCGGGGAACGAUCUUCUACUCGGCUUCUUCCGGCCCCCAGACCGCGUGUUUGGGAACAUGUUAAACCGAGGUGUGGAGGGAAUUGUGUUGGCGUGACAGGGCAAAUCUUACUGAGGUGUCAUCUCUUGCAAGACGAAUCAAUUUGAUCUAAUCGCAUAGAGAUAACGGCAAUAAAAUUCACACGGCGGAGACAAGUGCAGUAAAUUCUAAUAGUAUCAAGAUAUUCGAAUAUUAAUCCACGAAUGUACGGAAAUUCGAAUCUGAAGGCAGAUGCCAACCAGAAUGUUAUUUAAUAGUAGUGAGAUAUUUGCAGCAGAGCCCAGCAGCGUAAGGACAACACAACAGAGAUGAUUGCACCCGAGUCGAGCAGCCGGGAAGCAUUGUAGCAUUGUAGUGUAGUGUAGAACUAAUUGU